AUGUCCCUUCGUCUAAAGAGAAAUAACAACUCAAGGACAAGCAACUCACCUCCUCCCUUUUCCUGGGAUGCGCCUAUUCAUCCACCACCAGCAGACUUGGCAGCACCAGUGCCACCCACAGCAUGGCUUCCUUACCACGACAUGAAGAUAUUUGGCGCCCAGCCAUUGACCUCAACGACGGACAUUGGUGUCGUUAGAUGCAAGGACUGCGAGAAACCAAUCCUUCGCAGCUGUUUUAGUGAGCAUGCAGUCACUUGCGCGAACAUUCGCAAGAAAGAGGCUAAAGCCAAGGCCGACGCAGAGAUGAAAAGCGCCAAGAAGCGGAAAGCCUCACUCGAACCUGUGGAUCCCACACAACCUCCCAAGAAGAAGAGCAAGCCAACUACCAAGGUCACCAAAGGUCGCGUUAAAGGUCCUGUUGACUUUGAUCGCCAGUGCGGUGUCAUCAACGACAAGGGAUUGGAAUGUUCUCGCUCUCUGACCUGUAAAUCCCACUCCAUGGGUGCUAAGCGCGCCGUCCAAGGGCGUUCACGACCAUACGACGAGCUGCUUCUCGACUGGCAGCGCGCUAAUAAUCCCAACUUUGUCGAGCCUGUCAAACGCGAGAGCAAGGCUGAGAAAAAGGAGAAACGCGAAAAGGAGAAACUCGAGAAGAAGCGUCUUGCAGAGGAGGCUGCUGCUGCGAUGGGUAUCGAUCUCACCAAAAAGUCGAGCAAUCCUUCGUCCAAGAAGAGCGGGAAGAAGUCUUCUGGUGCUGCUGCGGCCGCGGCUACGAAGCUUGUGGAUAACAAGGCUGGAGAGAUCGAGGAGAAUCUGGAUGAUCUUGACUCGGAGGCAGAGGUCGACACGUUGAUUCACUCGAUACGCGUUGCACGGGAAAAAGGGAUCAUUGCACGGCCCCUUGCCGUUCCUUGCGAUGCAGGAAGCUGGUUUGUCCAGCGGCGGGAGCGAGCUAGAUGCUGUAGAGAGCUCUUGGCGGGAGCACUGGGCGGUAGGGAUGUUUUGUCAAAGGGCGAAACUGUAACAGGUUUGGGAAUGGCACGGACAGCAUCAAUGGGCUUGGCAGUGAGACAGGCUUGA